AUGUAUCCCUGCAGUGCUAAGCCAAUCCAUAUGGGCCCACCCCAUGGCCAAUCAUUCCAUGCACCACCCAAAGAUCAAACGGGCUGGGCCAACUUCUCCGAAGCUGUGCCUUCCCCUGGCCCCCCCUUACCACCGUGGACCCAAACUCCAACCACGGCUUCAUCUCCGGCCUCGGUUUCCCCUAUCGGAACGCCUCGCAGUGGAUGCGCAUCAAUGAUCCACUUGAAGCUCAACACGAGGAAGCCACCAUAUCCAAGUUGGAACACCCCUUCUCGCCACUCAGUGAUACAAGGCGGAUUUUGCGUCGGAAAGAACUUCCCAUCUGAAGAAAUUCGUCUCAAAUCAGUCACGACCCUUUUUGAUCCGCCCAUGUCCCGUACCAUCCCGGACAACGUCUUUGAAGCGGAAACCACCUUGGCAACUUCCUGCGGCUGCACUUCCUCUUCAAAACUGUGCGGCCCAUGCAGGCUCAAACAGCGAAACUCAAAUCUGCGCUCAGAGAACCAGUCGCUACGAAAGGCUUUGACAAAACCGUGGAAAGACCGAGAGAAGUUGAGCGGAUAUCUGAAGUUAGACAGUUAG